AUGAUGAACGUCGUGGCCAUCGGGCUCGUCCUCUCCACUCUGGCGGCCGCGGGGGUCUGGUCCCGCGCGCCGCCGCCGCCGCCCGCGGCCCCGCAUCACGGCGACCACGUCGUCCGAGAGGGCCGACGCGUGGUCAUCGUGGAGUACGAGCGCGAGCUCCCGCUCUCGACCGAGGACGGCGGCAGCGUCAAGGUCAAGGAGACGCGCGUCCUGCCCCCGGACGCGCUCGACGGCGUCGAGGGCGACGGCGGGGUGUUCGACGAGGCCCUCGGCGCGGUCAAGCGGUGCAAGGAUAGACUCUGCGGCGCCGGCAGGAAAGUGGAAGAGGGAGCCAAGGAGGCGGCGUCCCUCGUCGAGCACGGCGCGGAGGACGCGGCGAAGGGCGCCAAGGAGGCGGUCUGGGAUGCCAAGGACAGCGCCGAGAACAUGGCGUUCGACGCCGCGCAGAAGGGUAAGGAGGCGAUGAAGAGCGCCAAGGACAAGGCGUCGGAGGCCGCACAGCAGGGGAAAGAGGCCGUGCGGAGCGCGAAGGACAAGGCGUCCGAAGCUGCGCAUGAGGGGAAGGAGACCGUGACGAGCGCCAAGGACAAGGUCUCCGAAGCCGCCGGCAAAGCGAAGGAGAAGGCGUCCGACAUCCAGCACGGAGCAUCCGAAGCGACGAAGGCGGCCAAGGAGAGGGUGUCCGAGGCGGCCAGGCACGCCAAGGACACCGUCCGGAGCGCCAGGGACAGCGUCUCCGACAUCGCGCAGAGAGCCGAGGAGCGCGCGGAGGACGCCGCGGAGCGCGCGGCGGACAGGGCCGCGGAGGCCGAGGAGGAAGUGAAGGCGCGGGCCGCCGAGGUGGGCAAGAACCUGACGGACAUCGCGCGGCGGGCGCGCGACGUGGCGUCCGACGCGGCCGCGUACCUCCUCGGCGCGACUGCCGUGAUGCACCUCCUGGGCUUCGCCACCGCCUACGGCGCCAGCGUGUGGGUGACGUUCGUGUCCAGCCACGUGCUGGCCGCCGCGCUGCCGCGGCAGCAGCUGGGCAUGCUGCAGAGCAAGCUGUUCCCGGUGUACUUCCGCGCCAUGGCCUACGGCGUCGGGCUGGCGCUCGCCGCGCACCUGCUGGGGCGCGAGCGCAGGUCCGUCGCGUCGCGCGCGCAGAGCUUCAACCUGCUCGCCGCGCUCGGCCUCGUGCUCGCCAACAUGCUGCUGCUGGAGCCGAAAGCUACCAAAGUGAUGUUUGAGAGGAUGAAAGUGGAGAAGGAAGAAGGCCGGGGACGUGACAUGGUGGACGACAUCGUCGACCCACCGGUGGUGACCGUGGCCACGCCGACCGCCGCCACCACCACCACCGUCCCCACGGCGGCGGCCACAGCGCGCACAGGCACAGCUCCCGUGGACGGCGCGGGGACCGGCGGCAAGCAAGCGAAGCCGGCGACGGCAGCAGCCGACGCGGAGAUGUCGAAGAGCAGGGCGGUGACGCUGAGCAGGCGGCUGAAGCAGCUCAACGGCUACUCGUCCCUGUGCAACGUGCUGUCCCUGAUGUCCCUCACCUGGCACCUCGUGCACCUGGCGCGCCGCCUGCACGCGGGCACCGCCUGCUAG